AUGAACUUUAAGAAAAUCCAGAUCGGGUGGGGUCUGGAUUUUAAAAGCAUGAUAACAUUAUCAAAGAAACUCAAGCAACAACAGGAAGGUACAAAUAAAGAAGAAAUUGAACACAAAAGAAUUUCGAUCCGUGAUCAGCUUCUUAUAAAAGAGGUACAAGAGAUGGAAGAGAAUCUCCCAAAAACCUGCAAUGUCAAUUUUGAAAAUCCCAACGUAUUGCACAAGUUUGAUUUGUCCAUUCAUCCUGAUGAAGGUUACUGGCAUGGUGGGACUUUUCAUUUUACAGUAGAUGUCCCAGAUGAAUACAACAUUGUGCCCCCCAAGGUUCACUGUGACACUAGAAUAUGGCACCCCAAUAUUGAUGAAGAAGGAGAAGUUUGUCUCAGUUUGUUACGACAGAACUCUUAUGAUAUGAUGGGAUGGGCUCCUACACGACGCCUAAAGGAUGUCAUUUGGGGUCUUAAUUCUUUAUUUUCAGAUCUCCUAAAUUUUGAUGAUCCCCUCAAUGUGGAAGCUGCCGAGCAUUAUGCACGUGAUAAGGAAUCUUUUAAAUGCAAAGUCCAAAGCUAUAUAGAAUUGUAUGCAACCAAAAGGUAG